AUGGUUCUACCGGACGAUCUUGUGAAAAUCAUGUCGCUGCGCCCAGACAUGCCCUGCCCUGAAGAAGGAAUGGAAGGCUUCUAUGAGGGCAUGGGACAAGGCUGGACCGGCGUGGAUACUCCUGGAUUUCAGACACCUUAUAUGGGUGUCAAUGGUCCUUCUGGACCCUAUUGCACCGAGUCUCUUCACCCAUCCAACAUUUUGACUCCAAUCAGCCUGGCCGAUAACUCUUUUCGUCCGAGUCCAGCCCUCAGUCACAUCAGCCACCAGUCGCAAGAGUAUCCCCCUCCGGAUUACGGACACCGUUACAGCACUAGUAGCAUCCAUGAAACUCUGCCGCCUCUAUCUCAGGGCCUGGGAAUCACCGGGCCCUUCCCCAGUGAAUAUCCCCGGGGCUCCGAUUACCCGCGGACUAGCUCUUCCGGCUCCAGCUACGGCUACCUUCCAGAUGAAAUACACUUCAACAUGGGCCACACGCCUAAUAUCUCGCCCUCCACAAACCCUCCCAAGCGAUUGAAGCGAGCAUCCGCUACACCCUCGCGCGACACUCCCAUCAACAUCCUCCCGAACCCUGAAGGCCUCCAGCGCAUGGAGCUCGAGCGCCAGAAUAGCCUCAACUCGCCGCCACAUGUCCAGCCCAAGCUGCGGGCCCCAGGCCGUGGUCGUCGUGAUCCCCGCGCGGAAGAAGAGGACGCCUUUGUCGAGGAUCUGCGCCAGCAGAAUCUGGCCUGGAAGGUGGUGCGUGAAAUGUUCCGACAGCGCUUCGACAAGGACGCCUCCGAAGCCCGCUUGCAGAUGCGUCUUCUCCGCCGGCGCAAAGAGCGCCUUUCACGCUGGGACGAUCAUGAUGUGCAGCUCCUUAUUACAUCCCAUGAGAUGUGGGAGAAUGAAAAGUAUCAGUUUGUGUCCGAAAAGAUGAAAGAAAUGGGCUCCACGAAAGAAUACACGCCGGAGCAAUGCAAGGCACAACUGCGACUUUUGGAAGCGCGACAAGGUCGACGGGAUUAUGGCAGUGCAUCGCCGUCCGCAUUGUCUGAUCCUCCGCUUUCUCCAUCCAUCCAAGCCUCUCUAUCACGGAAACGGUCCCAGGCUGAAUUAGAAGACGAGUACUAA